AUGCCUCUGACAUUGUACGACAAAAUCUACCAGGAGCACUUGGUGAAUCCUGACGACAAGACAGCACCACUCUUGUACGUGGAUUCGCAUCUGAUUUUCGAAGUCCCGACUGCGCAAGCAUUUGAUGGCCUCAGAAAGAACAAUCGCCCAGUACGAAGGACAGACUUGACAUUGGCCACUGUUGAUCACAAUGUCCCAACAGAUGACCGGUCGCAGUACCAGGACGCUGCGUCUUUCAUCAAAGAGCCACAAGCCAGGACCCAGGUUACGUUGCUUGAGAAGAACGUCAAAGAGUACAACAUCAAGUAUUUAGGCAUGCCUGACCGCCGACAGGGUAUUGUCCAUGUGGUGGGCCCGGAGCAAGGGCUGACUCUCCCGGGGACUACGAUGUUCUGUGGAGAUUCACAUACCCCUACGCACGGCGCAGUAGGUGCACUGGCUGUCAGCGGAGGGACAUCUGAUAUUGAACAUGUGCUGGCCACCCAGACUGUGAUCCAGAAGAAGUAUAAGAACUUCCGCGUUCGCGUCGAAGGCGAACUUGGUCUCGGCGUCUACUCCAAAGAUAUCAUCUUGCACUUGCUCGGUAAAAUAGGUACAGCCGGAGCAACUGGAUGUGUCAUUGAAUUCUGUGGGUCAACAAUUCGAAAUCUGUCCAUGGAGGCAAGAAUGGUGCUGUGCAAUAUGAGCAUCGAAGGAGGAGCUCGUACAGGACUUGUGGCGCCUGAUGAAGUCACCUUCGAAUAUCUAAAAGGGCGGCCUCUUGUUCCUUCCGGCGCAGACUGGGACAAGGCCCUUACAUACUGGAAAACGUUGUAUAGCGACGAGGAUGCUCAUUGGGACUAUACUGUCGACAUAAAUGCUGCGGACAUUGUUCCUUCGAUCACCUGGGGAACCUCGCCAGACGAUGUCAUCCCGGUCAAUGGCAAGAUCCCGGACCCGGCAGACUAUGAUCAAAAGGAACCGUUCAAAGCGGCCGCAAUCCGUCGAUCGCUCAAAUACAUGGACUUGAAACCGAACAUGCUCGCGACAGAUAUCAAGAUCGACCGUGUUUUCAUCGGGUCUUGUACGAAUUCGAGAAUCGAAGACCUCAGAGCUGCAGCAAGGGUAGCUAAAGGUAGAAAAGUCGCAGAUUCGGUCUAUGCUAUGGUCGUUCCAGGUUCGGGACUAGUAAAGCAGCAAGCGGAAAAUGAAGGCUUGGAUGUUAUUCUGAAAGCCGCUGGGUUUGACUGGCGAGAGGCUGGCUGCUCUAUGUGUCUGGCCAUGAACCCCGAUGUCCUGGCUCCUGGAGAGCGAUGUGCCUCAACGACCAACAGAAAUUUUGAAGGAAGACAAGGCCCUGGAGGCCGAACUCAUCUCCUGUCCCCCGCCAUGGCAGCGGCUGCUGCUAUCAAAGGCCAUUUUACCGACGUACGGGAAUUCCUGACCUCGCAGAACGGAUCGCUGCAAGUGACUCAGUUGACGCUCGAUGGCGCCAAGGUGAAGAGCUAUGGUCCAGUUGAGGUGAGCUCAAGCGCUCCUACUUCUGCAAAUGACAGCGGAGAUGAUACAGUUGCGAAACGACCAUCAGAACAAGCCAAGCGCAGUGUGGAGGGAAUCCCCAAGUUUGACGUGGUCCGGUCCGUACCCGCUCCCUUCGAGAUGCAAAAUAUCAACACCGACCUUGUGAUCCCUGGGGAGUACCUCAAAACCACAAAGCGGACCGGUCUAGGGCCGCAUCUGUUUCAAGAACUUCGAUACGACAGCUCAACACACGAUGAGAUUCCCGAGUUUGUCCUGAACCAAGAUCCCUAUCGCAAGUCGAAGAUUCUGGUCUGCACCGGAGAGAACUUUGGCUGCGGUUCCUCAAGAGAGCAUGCUGUCUGGGCGUUAGUCGACUUCGGCUUCCGCUGCGUCAUUGCUCCUUCUUUCGCAUCCAUAUUCUUCAACAAUUCCGGCAAGAACGGACUGCUAGCGAUUCCUCUUGACGAUGCAGAGGCCUUGCAGAAAAUCCAUGCUGAAGGCCUCGCCAAACGUGAAGUUGAAGUGGACUUGCCGAACCAGGAGAUCAGAGACGCCAAUGGCAAGCUGAUUGCAACGUUCAAGAUGGAUCCAUACACCAAGCACUGCCUGGUCAACGGUCUGGAUGACAUCAGCAAUACCCUCUUGAGCGAGGAAAAAAUCUAUGAUUUUGAAAUCAAGCAAAAGUCCAAAUUUCCAUGGCUGUUCGGCCGCAUUCGGAAACUCCAGUCUCCGAGGCGCCUUGGUCUUUAUCUCCCCAGUGCAAAAGACAUCUUCGACUGGUAG